GGUCAAGUUCUACUUCGAUGUUCCUUGCAGAAGGAGGAAUGGCCUCGUGUCUCGCAUUUUUACUAGCAUAGGCCUCCAACGCCACCGCGUACGUACGGUCUUGACGUGUUUUCUAUUCCACUUGCGCCAUCAUGGAUAGUUCGUCGGUCCUGAGCGACGAGGACUAUGAUCUCAUCUCUAACCCUGGCCAGCGCUCCUUGGAGUCCAGCAUUGCCGACUUGCAUCAUAUUCCAGCCUUGAAUACUUAUGAGAUUCCCCCGUCUGAUGCAGCCAGGGAACGACUCAGCGCGGUGGCGCUGAGUCCCGGGGAUAUACAAGCAUAUGUGCAGAAUGCACUUAACGCGUCUAGUGCAGGAAAGUACCCACGGGACAAUGUCACUCUUAGAGUGUAUGUUGACGGCGUUUUCGAUGUGUUAACUAUUGGGCACGUACAUCAGCUCCGUCAAGCGAAGCUCUCGUUCCCUUCCGUACAUCUUAUCGUUGGAGUGCUUUCGGAUGAGCAAUGUCGAGCUCACAAUACUACACCUCAUUUCUCACAUCUUGAGCGUUGCGAGCUUAUGCGGCACUGUCGCUGGGUAGACGAAGUGCUACAUGACGCACCUUGGACAGUGAACGAUCGCUUUAUUAUCGACAAGCGUAUCGAUUAUCUUGCGUUGGAGGAAGGCUCUUCUGUUAACCCUGAAUUUGAUAAGGAACGACUGAAGGGAUACGACGUAGCGAAGAGACUAGGACGAGUAUCACCCACCCGAAUGACUACCGGACUAACUGCUGCUCCGCUUUUGGUUUCUUAUAAUGCAUCAGAAGACACCACACCAUUCCGAGAACUUGCCGAAAUGGUGUUAGAACAACCUGGUCGCAGUACAUUUACGCACCCACCUCCGACAACUUCUACUACCACGUCCGCCGACAGCAAGACUCAUGACCUCGAGGCCCUUGGGGCGAUGGAGGCCCUAGAAGCCAUGUCGAACGAGCUGGCAGAGAGGUGCGCUCGGAAGCAGAGGCAGCCAGCCAGAGGGUAGAUACCGGGGAAAUUGAUGCGCGCUGUUAAUACACAGUAAUUAUGUACGAUGGGCUUUUAUCAACCUGUGCUGUGUUGCUACUUACGCUAUUUAGCCGUUCUUGCUUUGUCAUAUUGGUUCUUUAUGUCUAACUUUCUGGACGUACAUAUUGACCUGUCAUGGAAUUUGUUUUGUUUUUGGCACUACUUAGCCUGAGCGUUCUCACUUCGUGCCUAUACCUACACCUUACACCCAUGCAUCGGAACUCACAGGGCACCGUUUCUUAAAACGCAUGCUACUUAUCAUAGAUCAUGCAUAUGUUCGAUUUGAAUUGUGUCAUCCAGGCAUACCACAGGUAUCGUUGUUUCCAUCUCACAGCCAGUACUACGUGUGGAUUGACUGCUUGCAUAAGAUAAGUUGCAGGCAUACCACUGGUUCAACUCGAGUGAUUACCUGGACCUGCACUUGACAAGGAUUCCACGAC